AUGUCGACCGUCCCGCGCGCGUGUGGGGCGAGCGCUUUGGGCGCGCGAGGGGUGUGGAGACGGACGCGCGGGGCGGACGCCGCGCGGGCGGGUUCGCGGGCGCCGCGCGCGGGGAACGAGUUCGAGUUCGAUCCGAGCUCGUUGCCGACGUUCGGUGGACGAGGUGGUGACCCUCGGCGUGGUGGUGGGUCACGUGGGGGCGCACCGGGGGGUGGAGGGUUGGUGCUUCCGGGCAUGGAUGGGUUCGACGCCGACGCGGUGCGCACGAAUCCGCUGAGCGGGACGCAAACCUUCUCUAAACCGGGAGGCGCGUCGUUCGUGGAAGGCGAGCGUAAGGGUCCGGCGGGGGUCAUACCGAAGGUUGGUGGUGAACUUCAAGGCGCGUUCGAGCCGUUUAAGCCCCCGGAGACUUUUGAGACGGCAAAAGUGAGCGCCGAGGAGGACGACCCGGAUCGCAUGAUGAUGUUGAUGCGCUCGCGCGCCGGAACGUGGCAUCGAUUGGCCAAGUUUAUUCGCCCGCUCAACGCCAAGGGGUUUCAACCGAACGACAUUUUUGACGUCACCGGGAUCGAACCCAAAGAACAAGCGCUUUGGGUCACGUGGUUGCAGUGCUACGCCUCUUUGAAGGAAGGGGUUAAGUUUCCAGACGAAAAGCUCGAGUACUUCGACGACGAGUACACGGGCGCGCCGAAUCUGUCGCAAAUCAUGUACCUCCCCGCCGCCGUCAGAGCGGUGGCCGCGGAGUUCAUCGUCGAUAACGCGUUCGACUCCGAUCAGUCCAGGGAGUUGGUCAAGGCGUAUGAGAUCAAAAAAGCCGGCGCGUCCACGAUGGCGGCUCGAGACUUUACGAAUGUUCCGGGGGACAUCUUGGCAUACAAGUUGUAUCGGGACAUCUUGGAAUUGCAGCGAUGGCAGGGCGAGGAGGAGGCACAAAGGAUUUACGAGCGCGGGAUCAAGUACGCUCUGAGCGAAUCGGCGAAGGUGCGCUUGGAGCAGGCUGUGCAGAUGUUUGUCGCGCAAAUUAACGGCGGCGCGCCGAGCGGCGCGGGACUGGUCGCCGGCGACGAAAACAUCACCGCCGAGGUUCAGGUUGUUCGUUUGGAGGAGGAGGAGCUCGGUUACAGACCCGUUCCAGUGGUCGGAAACCUGAUCAGGGUGACCAGUGCCAAGAUAAAGACGGCGGGGACGAUUGAAAAGGAUGGAAACCUCUUCGGCGUCUUCUCCCCGCAGUCCAACACGGAGUGGGUCGCGUUGCCCAACUGGGAGCUCUUGGCGUGCUCAAUCACCCCGCUCGCGCUCUUCGUCGACGACACGUCGAAGACGAAUAUGAACGGGAUCAGUGACAAGGCCGAACCGGGGCUUUUGAUCGCCGACCGCGGCGAGCAGACGCCGAGAAUGGGAAGAUAUUACUUGGUUUCCAAAAAGUCAUCCCUCGUGCUCGCGGGGAGCAACGCCGCGGCGGAGAGCGUGGACGUCAUGGAGGGUGCCGAGGUUCUGCAAAGCGAACGCAACGGCAAACCAGUCACGACACUCGCUCGCGUCUUGCUCUGCGUUCGUGCCCCGGGAGGUGGCGUAAGCGACGGCAUGACGACGGAGUUUGUGUCGUAA